AUGGGUGCUCUGUACUAUGGUCUGGGCAGUGCCUCGACAGCUCUGCUCGUCGUUGGAGCUUACAUGCUCUUCACCGGCAGCGGCCAAUCGUUCAACGUUGGAGCUUUCAUUGAAUCGAUUUCGCCGUAUGCGUGGGCAGAUCUGGGCAUCGCCCUCUGCAUCGGUCUUUCCGUCGUCGGAGCAGCAUGGGGUAUUUUCAUCACUGGCUCAUCUAUUCUCGGUGCUGGUGUCAAGGCACCUAGGAUCCGAACAAAGAACUUGAUUUCCAUCAUUUUCUGCGAGGUCGUCGCCAUUUACGGAGUCAUCAUGGCCAUCGUCUUCUCCUCCAAGGUUGGAUUCGUCGACGAUGCCGCCGCUUUUGAUGCGCAGGCCUACUACACUGGAUUUGCCCUCUUCUGGGCUGGUCUUACCGUGGGAGGCUGCAACCUGGUCUGCGGUGUUGCUGUUGGCAUCAACGGUAGUGGAGCGGCCUUGGCCGAUGCAGCAGACGCAACUCUUUUCGUCAAGAUCCUCGUCAUUGAGAUUUUCAGUUCCGUCCUCGGUCUCUUCGGUCUCAUCAUCGGUCUCCUGCUCUCUGGCAAGGCAAACGACUUUGGCUGGAAGGGUUAA